GUGAGGAUGCGCUCUGUGCGCGUGGCCAUCACUUUCACUGAUUGCGCGUGCACUACUAGAGGAGUGAGGUGCAUUUUCUCUUCACACUGACGGAGCAGUUUCACAGGCAGGCACCAGAGACGCUUUCUCUUAGAAGAAAAACCAACAAAUUGUCGGACCAGUUGCGUAAAACGGAGCGGCAUCGCGAAGAACAGAAGCAGGUGCGCUGCUCGCGCUCUUUAUCUGACGGAACCCUGAAGUCAUGCGCGCGCUAAUCGAUGAAAAGUUCAUUCACGCGUACUAAGACAUAGUCAACGGGAGAAGUGGAGUGCACAGAGCGCGCGUUUCGCUGCUCAUUAAUUACUCGUCGUACAUUCAUUCGCACUGGGAAUAAAAAAGCAUAAUGUCGAGGAAGAAAGGUGUCAAAGGGAAGGGGAGUUCAAAUACACCGAGCUCAUCUCCGAGCAGCGAUAAAGAGAAGGGUAAGAAAGUCCCGACCCUGUCUAACGGAGUGGUGCAUCCCAGCAGAUCCUCUCUCAGCAACAGCGGAGAAUUCUACGACAUCGCCUUCAAGGUAAUGCUGGUUGGUGACUCUGGGGUGGGGAAAAGCUGUCUGCUGGUUCGCUUUAAAGAUGGAGCGUUUCUUGCGGGGAGCUUCAUCUCAACAGUCGGUAUAGACUUCAGAAAUAAGGUGCUGAACAUCGAUGGUGUGAGAGUUAAACUACAGAUCUGGGAUACGGCAGGACAGGAGCGAUUCAGGAGCGUGACGCAUGCCUACUACCGAGAUGCUCACGCUCUUCUGCUGCUCUACGAUGUGACGAAUAAAGCUUCUUUUGACAACAUACAGGCCUGGCUCACAGAGAUCCACGAGUUCUCUCAGCAGAACGUUGUGAUCAUGCUUCUGGGGAACAAGGCUGAUUCCACACAUGAAAGGAUUGUGAAGAGAGAGGAGGGUGAAAAACUGGCCAAGGAGUUUGGCGUUCCCUUCAUGGAAACCAGUGCUAAAUCAGGUUUGAAUGUGGAGUUGGCCUUCACUGCUGUGGCCAAGGAACUGAAGCACAGGGAGAUGAAGGAGCCUAACGAGCCCAAGUUUCAGCUGCAGGAGUAUGUUAACAAGGAGAUGAAGGGAGUCGGAUGCUGUCGCUCCUAAAGCUGCGCUCGCUCGUGCACGUCCGUCUCUCUCUCUCUGUCUGUUUGUGUGUUUUUCCACUUUCAUCCUCUUCUCUCUCAUAAACUGGAUGCCUGUCAGAUAUUCUGCAGCUCUGGAGACUUUCAUUUUCAUACGCUGCGUUCUUUCUUUGGACCUCCAUGCACUUCACGGCUCGCAAACAACAGCAAAACAGAGAGAUGCAGUCAUCAGAAUGCAAUAGGCACAUGCUUAAAUAUUCACACCCCUAAUAAACACAGACCCACCUCUCCAAGCAACUGUGAAUGUAUGUUCAACACUCAUGACCAGUGUCUCAAAGUUUGCUUUUAUUACAUGGAAAAAUCAUCCAGUCGUCCAAUUACUUAGAUGCACUUUUCUGUGGCAGCUUCACUCGAACCCAAUUAUAUUCCACUUUUACUGUUAAAAAUAAUCACAAGUGUGUCAUAAACGUGGCUGUUCAGCAUAAGUGUAAAAUCAUAAUUAACAAAGACUUCUCUUUUUAUAAAAUGCGGUUUUCAGUUUGUUUUGUAAACGUCUUACAAAAUGAGUCCUGAUGCACUUUGUAAACACUGAAAAACUAGUGGAACUAGUUUAAAUUGCGUCAUUUUAUUAUUUUAUUUAUUAUUUUAAUAAAACUGCUUGCAUUUCUUGAUUUGUGUCACCUCCAAAUGUUUUUAUUAUUAUUAUUAUUAUUCAUCUUUCUGUUUUUAAAACCUUGGUUAUGAUAAUUGUAAACUUGUCAUUAGUCUCUUUAAGGUUAAAUUCGCUAGACUUUCUCUGUACAAUUUGACAAUUUCUCUUUUUUUGAAUAAACAAUCACACAUUACAAUACAAUCCAGCUAAUCGCUAAUUGCUAAUCGCUAAUCGCUAAAGCUAAUCGAGGACAUAAUGGAAGAUUGUUUUAUAUAUGUAUAUUCAGAUAAAUAAAGAAUUGCAA